AUGGGAUCGCCAGUGAUAAGCCCAGAGGACGUGCUAGAGACCCUCAUGAACGACGGCACAAUCGACGCUAUACGCUUGAAAAUCAUCAAUCAGCUCAAAGCUAAUGAGGAGCUCAAGAGUAACACGAUAAAAAUGGCCGAGCAGAGUAAGGUCCUAAAUACCCCUGGUGCUGAAAAACAGACAAAGAGAGAGUUGUUUGAUGCACUUCGGCAGGAGCUCGAAACCCCUGUACUUGAGAAGGCUUCUAGAUCUGUGUGGGAGCUAAUUUUAGAUCAGAACGGUUUGGGGAAGGAGAUUAGUGACACGGUUGAGCGAGUUUUUUGUCAGCUAAGUGGCCGUGAGCCUCCAUUGUUUCCUGAGUUAAUCAGUAAAUCCCAGCAAGAAAAAGAAAAAGACGGUGCUGGGCCUGUGACUUCAGCCAAGAAAAGAAGCUUUCAUGACAUGAGCAAAGAUGAAACAGACAGAGUUGAGCAAGAACCUGCCACUAUGUCGGCUGUGCCCGAUAAUGUUACCACGACAGGGCUGUCACCUAAGCCCCAAAAGUAG